CGGACACAGCCGCUGUCCUUGAAUGGCUAGGGCAUAAUACUUGGGAAAUUCACAAAGAAGACCCAUCGGACUCCUUACCCCUUCUGUUGGGGCACCUUUUUGAGACAAAUCUGCAAUCUGCCUUAAUAGACACGCUUGCUUCAGCUCACGUAAAAGCCCGGCAACGUUGAAAGGUAGAUACAUACACUGCUGAGGCGGGCGUGAUCGCCGCGGCAGGCUUCUAGACCUGCGAAAUGGGGCGCUCACGCUCGCCAAGCCCUGCUCGGGGCGGGGACCGCAGCAAACGCGACCGAUCGCGCAGCAACGAGCGCCAUACCAAACGCAGCAGGUCAGAUAAGGAUGAUCGGCGUGAUGAGCGCCGAGACCGCGAUGAGGACCGGCGAAGGGAUGAGGACGGCCGGCGUGACAGAGACAGGCGCGAUCGUGACCGAGACCGUGAAAAGGACAGAGAACGGGAUCGUGAUCGCGACCGGGACAGGGACCGAGACCGGGACCGAGAGAAGGACCGGGACCGCGAGCGCGAGCGCAGGGACCGGGAUGGCAGGGAUGGCAAGGAUCGGCGUGAAGCUCGCGAGGACGGCCGUGAUGGCCGCGACAGCAGGCGCCGAUCUCCCAGUCCUCGGCCUAAACAAGUGGGGGAGGAAGAAGAGGAACAACGUGGUGCUGCUGCUGCCACCAAAGAUGAGCCUAAUGAUGCUGCACGCGCUGUGUCUCCAGGCGCCGCUAAGAAGGCUGAGCCGCUCUCCCUGGAGGAGCUGCUUAAAAAGAAGAAGCAGCAGCAGGAGGAGGAGGCCAAGCCCCGCUUCCUGACCAAGGCCGAGCGCCAGGCCCUCGCCCUGGCCAAGCUGGAGUCGCAGCGGGCGGGCGUGCAGGCGGCGCAGCAAGCCAAGAUGGACUCUGCGCGGGCAGCAGCAGGGGGAGGAGAAGGAAGAGGAGGGGGAGGAGGGGGGAUGGGUGCGGCGCUGCCGCCGCCGCCGCCACUGCCGCCACUGCCCCUGCCGCCACCUCCGGGAGGCCGCGAGUGGGACCGUGAUAAGGAGCCCCGGGACAUCAGGGGCCGAGGAGGAGGAGGGGGAGACAGGGAGCGGGGUGACCGGCGGGAGCGGGAGAGGGAGCGCGGCGGACGGGAUGAUGAGCGCAGGGGCCGAGGUGACACGCCGGGCCCCGGUGACGGCCCCGGUGGCACUGCAGGCGGUGUGGCUCCCGAGCAGACCGCAGCGGAGCGGGAGCGGGAGCUGGAGAUGAUCAAGCAGCAGUACUUGGGGCAGGAGAAGCUGAAGAAGAGGGUUCUGCGCCCCAGUGAGAAGUUCAAGUUCAACUUCGACUGGGACUCCAAGGACGACACCUCCCGCGACCUCAACCCGCUCUACAACAACCUGCAUGAGGCCGCCCUGAUGUUCGGUCGGGGCAUGCGAGCGGGUAUCGACCGGCGCGAGCAGAAGAAGGCGGCCGCCACACUGGAGGCGGAGCUGAUGAGGAAGGCCCGCGCCGCCGCCGGUCUGUCGGAGACGCACGAGAGUCGCGAGCACGACCGUGAGAGGAAGCGGCUGGCGGACCAGUACGACGGAUUCGACAUGCGGGUUGAGAAGCACUGGAGUGAGAAGCCGCUGUCCGCCAUGACGGAGCGCGACUGGCGCAUCUUCCGCGAGGACUUCAACAUCGGCUACCGGGGAGUGAACACCAUCCUGCCCAUCCGCAACUGGGAGGAGAGCGGGCUGCCCAAGCUGCUGCUCAAGGCCAUCGAGCGGGUAGGCUACAAGAAGCCCUCCCCCAUCCAGAUGGCCGCCAUCCCCCUGGGGCUGCAGCAGCGCGAUGUGAUCGGCAUUGCGGAGACCGGCAGCGGCAAGACGGCGGCGUUCGUACUGCCCAUGCUGUCGUACAUCGCCCAGCAGCCGCCCAUGACGGAGGAGAACGAGGCGGAUGGGCCCUAUGCGGUGGUUCUUGCCCCCACUCGUGAGCUGGCUCAGCAGAUCGAGGAGGAGACCAUCAAGCUGGCGCACUACACGGAAUACCGGGUGGCGAGUGUGGUGGGCGGACAGAGCAUCGAGGAGCAGGGGGCCAAGCUGAGGAAGGGUUGCGAGAUCGUGAUCGCCACCCCGGGUCGACUGCUGGACUGCAUCGACCGCCACUACGCGGUGCUGAACCAGUGCAACUACGUGGUGCUGGAUGAGGCGGACCGCAUGAUUGAUCUGGGAUUCGAGCCGCAGGUCAUCGGCGUGCUCGACGCCAUGCCUUCCUCCACCCUCAAGCCCGACGAGGAGGGCGCUGUGCUUGAAGCCAACCGCACCUACCGCACCACCUACAUGUUUUCCGCCACCAUGCCACCAGCAGUGGAGCGCCUGGCCAAGAAGUACCUGCGGCGGCCGGUGGUGGUGGUGAUCGGCGCGGCAGGGCGCGUGACGGACAACGUGUCGCAGCGGGUGUUCGUGGUGAAGGAGAAUGAGAAGCCCAGACUCCUGGAGCAGGAGAUGGAGCAGGUGGACGAGGCGCGUGUGAUCGUGUUCGUGAACACGCAGCGCCAGUGCGACAACGUGCACCGGCAGCUGGAGGAGAGCGGCUACCGCUGCACCAUCCUACACGGCGGCAAGACGCAGGAGCAGCGAGAGGCGGGGAUCAAGGGAUUCAGGGACGGCACCUACAACGUGCUCAUCGCCACCGACGUGGCAGGUCGCGGUAUCGACGUGCCCGAUGUGGCCAAGGUGGUCAACUACGACAUGCCCGGCAACAUUGAGAACUACACGCACCGCAUCGGCCGCACCGGGCGAGCGGGCAAGAAGGGCGCAGCAGUCACCUUCCUCACACUGGGGGACGCGGCUGUGUUCUACGACCUGAAGAAGCUGCUGGAGGACAGCAAGGCCCCGGUGCCGCCCGAGCUGGCGCGGCACGAGGCGGCGAAGGUGAAGCCGGGCGGCGUGGAGACCAAGAGGAAGGACCAAAUGGUGUUCGCGGCGUGAGGGGGAGGAGACGGGGUAGGAGGAGGGCAAGGGCUAGACGAACGUGUGGAAGCGGGCGUUACAAUUCUUUGCCGUAUGAGUCGGAGAGGUUGUGGCGGCGGAGGAGGAGGUGUUUGGGAGCGAGUAGGCGAAGAGGCGACAGGGGGACGUGGUGGGAUGUCCAGUAGGCACGCUGCCGCACAGAUCGCGCGUACGACGUGUACUGCGUAUACGGCAGGAGGUGGCGGGGGCGAUGUAGCCAUGUGCGGUAGCUGGGGAGCGAGCCGCUGGGACGGACAGCAAUAACCGCACAUGCUCUGUGUAGACGGCGGUGCAGCGCUCUUAGCACAGACGUUACUCUUAUGGGUAGGUGCAACACUCUUUGCGGGGCCCAUGUGACCCAUGGGUCACUACCGACACAUACCGCGCGGUUUUACAGGAUUACAUGCGUAUAUGCUGAACAACAUACCAUACAUACCACCCGGCUAAAGCACACACAUGCGGUGGUCAGCAGUAACCGCCAUUUGCCUAUUGCGCACACGACAACC